AUGACUGAAACAACUAACAGAAUUGUUAAGGCUCUAGAGGGCCUCGAAAAUGAAAAAGAAGGAAUUCCUCCUUAUGACAUCGAAGGUAUUAGAGAAACGAAAAAUAUAAUGGAAGGAUUAGAAACCCAGAAAAAGGCAGAAUCGUCAGAAACUACACAACAGUUUUUAGGAAGAUGUGCAAUUAGACUUCAAGAAGGAAUAAACGUUUAUACAAAAGCGCGUUUCGCAAAAAUUAUCGAGUUGAAAUCUAAAUCAAAAGGACCUUUAAAGCAAGAAAUUAAAAGAAACUUCUCUCCAUCCGAAUCAGAAUUCUUAUCAGAUUAUAUCAAAACUAUUUCUUUGUAUAAAAAGGCAUAUGGAUUUGAUCCAACAUCACCGUUACGACCUCCAAGAGGCCUUACAGCAGAAUGCGUAGUUAUCAAAGAUACUGGCGGAGAUCCAAUUGCUAUUGGAAGCAAGUGGGUCAAUCUCAAAGUUAAUGAAAUACUAUCUUUACUCGUACAAGAUGCUGAAGAACUAGAAAGUUUAGGAUUUGUUAAAAUUAAUAUGUAUUUGAAAUAA